AUGACGGCAGAGAUCCAGCAGCCCCCAGCGCAGACUCCUGCCCAGAGCAGCCCGAUGUCUGCCCCGGAGAAGCCCCACGGACAGACUACUGUGAUGGAGACCGCCUCCUCCACCACCUAAAACCAAAAAGACCAACGCAGGGAUCCGCCGCCCGGAGAAACCCCCCUACUCUUACAUAGCGCUGAUAGUCAUGGCUAUCCAGAGCUCUCCCACCAAACGCCUGACGCUCAGUGAAAUUUACCAGUUCCUCCAGAGCCGCUUCCCGUUUUUCAGAGGCUCCUACCAAGGAUGGAAGAAUUCCGUGCGUCACAACUUGUCCCUGAAUGAGUGCUUCAUAAAGCUGCCCAAGGGGCUCGGACGGCCCGGGAAGGGCCACUACUGGACUAUCGACCCAGCCAGUGAGUUCAUGUUCGAGGAGGGAUCCUUCCGCAGGAGGCCGCGGGGCUUCAGGCGUAAAUGCCAGGCGCUGAAGCCCAAUGUACAGCAUGAUGAAUGGCCUGGGAUUCAACCACCUCCCCGAGUCCUAUAACUUCCAGGGAAGCGGCGGGGGCCUGUCCUGUCCGCCCAACGGCUUGUCUCUGGACAGCGGGAUUGGGAUGAUGAAUGGACACUUGGCAGGCAACAUGGAGGGGAUGGGACUGGCCGGGCACUCCAUGUCCCACUUAUCGGCCAACAGUGGACAUUCCUACAUGGGGAGUUGCGCAGGAUCCACGGGGAGCGAGUACCACCACGACAAUUCAGGCUCGCCCCUCCUCACCAGCGGGGGAGUGAUGGAGCCGCAUCCCGUCUACUCAAGCUCGGCCUGGGCUCAAGCGCCUUCAUCCUCUCUGAAUAACGGAGGUUCUUACAUCAAGCAGCAGCCACUGUCUCCCUGCAACCCCGGAGCGAACCCGCUGCAGCCCAGUUUACCCACGCACUCUCUAGACCAGUAUAAUCUUCAUCAGAACGGACACAGUAACACGGACUUGCAAGGUAAACGAACAUCUCCAAAUGAUUACGCAUGCAUUUUACAGUCAGUCAUACCCAAUAAAAUGUGUGCGAAAUAAACACUAGGCCUAGGCUAUAGCCCACUAAUUGCUUUGAACCAAAUAAAAAACUUCUAAAGUAAAUUAUAAACGAGGUGAAGAAAAAUAUGAAAAUAUCUAGGCCUAUGGAGCAUUGCUUCGUAGAAGGCAGAUACAAUCUUAACAAACGAAGAUUGCAUAUAGUAGGACUAUAGCAAUAAUUUAAAGGUCUUUAGGCAGCCUUCGCCUACUGCAAUCAGUGCAGUGGGCAAAGAUAUGGACUGAGCACUGGGCAUGCUCAGUGCAUUUGUUUUCACAUAGGCCUACAACAACUCCAAUAUGCCACAGUUUUUUGCGGAAAAUAUUGGUAAAAAUUAUGGUUCUGUUAUCUUGGAAAUACGGAAAUGGACGCAAGAAACCAUCGUCUAAUUAUCUAGCAAGGAAGUUAAGUAAUUCAGUUUCCUGUCCUCAUUUAACUGGCCAAGGAGUGGGACAACUAACAAACCCUCACUCUGUUUUCCUAAUAAAUUCCUGGAGGUGGUUUCAGGAGGCACGCGGGUGGCACGUCUUCUGGGACAUGUGUUUAGAAUGGUGCCAAUCUAAAGACAAGAACAACAAGCGCAAGCCCGAGCCAGCCAGCUCAAGCCCCGAGGCACACGGUCCUCCGGGAUUCGCGUGCGAGCAGGCCACUGUCAAUUAGUACUAUCCCACCAUCGAGCUCUCCAGACGGUUCUCAGCCCCAAUCAGAGGGGUUUUCCCAAAUUAAAUGAACGAUUGUCUACCCAAAUAAUACGAUGCACAAUAUUACAAUUCACCCUAUAAAUAACCAACUAGGCCAACAUCAAAAAGCUCAGAAGUCACUUUUGAAAAUAGGCCUAUUAUUUUUUAAACAUUUUAUUUCUAUAGACAAAGGUAAAUGUGUUUUAUUAUUAUGGAUAAGUUAGGGCUAUAUGCAAUCCCCCAGUGGCAAUACUAGUUUAUUAUCUUUCCUUUCCCAACAAAUAUGUAUUUCUAACUAAUUUGCUACCACCUUUUCUUUAAAACGCUGGCCUAUAUCCUUUUCGACUUGUGGUUCUUACUAGCCUAUUCAAAAAGACAUCCAUACGGUUUUUGCCAAUUGACAGCAACACACUCACAUUGGGUUGGCAUGCUAUAUGGCAUAAGGUGAUUCAAAAUAUGAUUUACUCUUGUAUCUGUUUUCUCAGGUAUUCCACGGUACCAUUCCCAGUCUCCCAGUAUGUGUGACCGGAAGGAGUUCGUCUUCUCCUUCAACGCGAUGACGUCCUCAACGAUGCAUUCGCCCAGCAGCAGCUCCUACUAUCAUCACCAACAGGUCGCCUACCAGGACAUCAAGCCCUGCGUCAUGUGA